AUGGGGUGGGAUCAACUCGCGGCCGAACUAUGGACGAAGAUUGCGGACGAGUGCUACUCACCUGAUGAAGUCCGCGCCCUUUGCUCUCCUGAAAUGCCACGGCACAUCCGGGACAGUGCUCGACCUGUUCUAUUCCGAAGUCUGAUGUUUAGAGCAUACAACAUGAUAGACCGUUUUGAUUUUAGCAAGGUCGAACCUCAUCAAUACCCAAGCUCCGUGAUUGAAAUGCAAGAACUAUCUCGCCGAAGGUUUACCGAGCUCCCAUUGAGCCCUCUGGCGCGCCAUGUCCGCUUUUGGAACUAUAUAGGAUAUUUGCCCCAGCCUACUACCCCUGAUUUGGUCAACAAGGAGAGCGCAAAGAAAAUUUUUUUGCGAACGUAUGCUGACGCGAUGUGGCCAUUGUUCAGAGCAAGCCUUCCGCUCUACAUCGGAUUGACGAGCCUCAUUAUGGCAAACGUUGUCAUUGACGAUGAGACUGUUACAGCUUUGAACACUUUGGACAACCUGGAAUUACUGCGGUUCAUCAACUGCAUUGUUUCCAUUACCACGAAGUGCUUGCGUUGCUUCGACCAUUUAACGGGAUAUCUACAACAAGAGGCCAACCCAACCUUCCGCGUUGAGCUCAUGAUUGGAGUUUGUCCCACCCUGACCAACUUGAAUAUCUCUGCCGGUAAAGGACACUACCGCGAGCUCUACUCCGCUUUGGAGCAGUGCCCUCUCCUACAGGAACUCUGUAUCGAAUUUACCGCAAUCGACGAGGUGGCUUUUGAAAGACCCUCGCCAGAGGCGCAUCUCUCUAUCACAGCCUGCCCACAUUUAUCCGAAUACACGGGACCUGCCUACUACGCCGCAGACAUCAUUACAGGUCGGGAUCAAGCUCGUCCAAUUACCUGA